AUGCUCUCAGUGCUACAGAAAACCAUCCGGCCAGUUCAGGUUGCCAGAGGUGUGCAUCAGUCUGCAGUUCAGGUCCUGAAGCAGCCGGGUCCUGAGGACACGGUCACAGGAAGUUUUGGGAGGUUCAUCAGUGAAAUCCAGCCCCAGCAUUUGUCUCCUGUUGUGUUCCAGCGCAGUAAAAGGAUGGUGCUGGACAGCAUCGGGGUCAGCCUCAUUGGAAGCACAACAGACGUGUUUGAACUGGCCCUGCAGCACUGCCAGACUCACUCCAUGGACUUUGAUGACACCUGGCAUCCAGCAACUCAUCCAUCAGGAGCCGUCCUUCCUGCUGUGUUAGCUCUCAGUGACAUGAUGCCAGCCAGCUGUAAACCCAGUGGUCUGGACUUCUUACUGGCAUUUAAUGUUGGCAUCGAGAUCCAGGGUCGCCUGAUGAGGUUCUCCAACGAAGCUCGCAAUAUUCCUAAAAGGUUUCAUCCUCCCACUGUGGUUGGUCCUAUGGGAAGUGCAGCAGCCUCUGCUCGCAUCUUGUCUCUGAAUCCCUCUCAGUGCAGUCAUGCCUUGGCUAUAGCUGCUUCCCUGGCUGGAGCUCCGAUGGCUAACGCUGCCACUCAAUGCAAGCCCCUUCACAUCGGCAACGCCUCACGUCUGGGGCUUGAAGCCGCCCUUCUGGCCUCCAGAGGCCUAGAGGCCAGUCAUCUGGUCUUGGAUGCUGUUGCAGGAGUGGCUGGCUUUAAUGCUUUUUAUGAAGAUUAUGUGCCACAACCUUUAGAUUCACCCCAUGAUGGCCAUGCAUUCCUGUUAGAGGAGCAGGACAUGGGCUUCAAGCGCUUCCCUGCCCAUCUGGGGAUGCACUGGGUGGCAGAUGCUGCAGCUUCUGUCCACAAGCUUCUUGUGGGAGUUGGUCCUGGAAAGGUCUUCACAGAUCAAGUCCAGGACAUCUUGCUCAGAGUCCCCCUAUCUAAAUACAUCAACAGGCCUUUUCCUGAGUCAGAGCAUGAGGCUCGUCAUUCCUUCCAGUUUAACGCCUGCAGCGCUCUCCUGGAUGGUGAGGUGACCGUGCAGUCCUUCACCCCAGCUGCCAUGAGCCGCCCUGAGCUGCAUGCUCUGCUGAGCAGAGUUCGGCUAGAGCAUCCCCAUGACAACCCUGCUAACUUCAACCUGAUGUACGGAGAGGUCCAGGUCACACUUGUAGGAGGAGACAUCCUGAGAGGACGCUGCGAUACCUUCUAUGGUCACUGGCGCAACCCACUGACCAUCGAGAGCCUGAGGAAGAAGUUCAGGAGCAACGCAGAAGUGGUGCUUCCAUCAGAGAAGGUUGAGCGGCUGGUUGAGGUGGUGGACAAGCUGGACAGACUUGGAGACUGCAAGGACCUGCUCUCACAGCUACAAUAAAGAUUAGCAAACCUACACUACAAAGCAACAGGGCAGAGUAACCUUAAAAUGAGAUAAAAAGCAUAUGGAACUUUAUAUUUAUACUGAAAAUACUUUAUCAUCAGGAAAUGCUUCUUUUAUUAGAGAACAAAGACAUUUAAAUACUUGCUGGUAUGUCAGGUUGUAUAUCUUUAAUCUACACUAGAGAAAUCUAAAAGAAAUCUUCAAUGUGAAUGAAAUAGAAUGUGAUCAAAGCAAUGUAGGAAAAUGAAUUGCAUCUGCACUGGGUAUGUUCAGGUAUUAAUGUUAUUUGCGCAUUUAUUUAACAUUUGUAUAUAUUUUAUGGCUAAAUCAAUUGUUCAU